AGAAGUAAAUUAGAGACAUCUCUAAUAUUUUUUUUUAAAAAACCUGGAAAUGAAAUUACACAUAGCAAAACUUUGGCUUAAUUGUUCAGCAGACAGGGACGCUGUAUCUUUAAGAAUGAGAAGCUUACGUAUAUAGGAACCCAGGACAACAGCGCCAACCAUGAAGCGAUUCGUCCGUGUGUACUUGGUCUGUCACGACGGAAAGACAUGAUCUGUAUUUUACUGGUCGCGGGUCACGGCACUCUUCUUGAGACACAGAUCAAGUAUACUUAUCUCUCUCUCCACUGUCAGAACGAUGGCACCGGUCUGUACAGUCACCUUGCAGGGGUGCCAAAGGCUCUGCUGCCUGGAGUGGGAGGGAAGAAGAUCCUGGACUUCUGGUGGGAGACGGUGAACAUGCGGCAGCUGUUCAGCGAAGUUUAUCUCGUCACAAAUGCUGAUAAGUAUAAGCACUAUGAGCGCUGGGCCACGGCCAAUGACUUUCCUGUGGGAAACCUGGUGAACGACGGCAGCACCACGCUGGAGGGCCGGCUGGGAGCCGUGGCUGACCUGGAGCUGGCCAUCCGCAGCCGCCGGCUCAGCGAUGACAUCAUGGUGAUUGCAGGAGACAUGCUAUGCGCGGACCAGAACUUCGACAUCGCCCAGGUCUUGCGGUUCUUCCGGUCAAAGGGUGGCGAGCUGGCCAUUUACUACGAGAUGGAGGAGGGAGAAGAGACCACCUCCAGGGGGAUCGUGGAAGUUUGCCCUGUAACUCACAGAAUAACGCGGUUCCUGGAGAAGCCAAAUGCAGGACUGACGGGCUCCCGGUUGGCCAGUGUGGUCUUCUACUGCCUGCGCAGACAGACCUUGCCCUGCCUAGCCCAGUUCCUUGACCUGCAUCCUUGCGCUGAGGACAGGAUGCUGGGCAGACUCUGGGAGUGGCUGGUCAAUGAGGAGAAGCUCCCUGUAUUCGGGAUGAAGUUGCCCACAGGCUUCCAGCUCAUUGGACAAGUGGGGCUGGCAGACUAUACCAAGUGGCUCGCACACUACUCUGCCAAGCAACAGGAGUCACCAGGCAAGCCCAUCACCAGCCGAUCAUACGCCAGAAUCGGCCUGAUGGGGAAUCCCUCCGACGGCUUCAAUGGCAAAACAAUAGCCAUGACCAUUGCUAACUUCUGGGCAGAGGUCACCCUGACGGAGAGCCAAACCUUGGUGCUGGUCCCUCAUCCCCUCAAUGACCCCACGGAGUUUGGCAGCCUCCAGGACCUCUACUGCAUUAGCAGGAAGGAAGGGUACCUGGGGGGUUUGAGGCUGCUGCAGGCCACCUGUAAGAAAUUCUACCACUUCUGCUCCAAGCAGGGGAUCGCUUUAAGCAAGCAGAACUUCACUCUGAAGUACGACACCAACAUCCCCCGUCAAGUGGUGAGUGUGCACGCGGAGUGUCGACAGCUGGGUUUGCGUGUUCCCCUUGCUCUAUUGCAACAUGCCAUGGAGGGGUGCUACAACACUAGGGAAAGUGUGCACAUUGUUCUGACUUAUAACAGGAGCCUGCAGCUUACAGUAAAAGCUGGAAUGGUUCAAACUGGCAUACCCUGGGGCUGCAGCUGCCAGUCUGUAGAUAUAUCAUUACUUCCCUUGCUUAACUUUGCCCCGCCUCGUUUUCUGUUCUUUGGAAAGAUCAGAAGUGAGAGAGGAUGCAGAUCUCACACGGACGCCUGCGUCUGUAGUACUUCCUCAUGCAGGAGAGCUCAAUCGUGGCUCGGGGCCAUAGUCAGCCCUCUUCUCUCUCGCAGGUCUGUCUACACCGAUGAGUGUCUGGGACAGGGCAAUCUGAAGAUGGUGGAACUGGCACGACAGUUCGGCUCAGCAGCGAAGCUGCCAGGCAGUGGAGGAGCUGUGGUGGGACUCUGUCUUGACCCUCACAAGCUGGGGGAGCUGAAGCGGGCCUUCCAGGAGGCUGGCUGUGUGUUCUGCCAGGUUGUGCCGUAUGACCCCUCCUCCAGCACGGUGCAGGACCAGGGCUGAAGGACAGAGAGGAGCUCCAGUCCGGCUGGCUGCCAGCUCAACAGCGCUCCUCCUGCCCAGGAGAGGGCAGGCAGCCGGAGACAGUCGCUCUGUAGACCGCUGGAGGAAGCUGUGUCCUCUGCUCCUGCUGUUCUUCCACCUCUAAGUGUGAAAGACACACUCCUCCCAGCUAUAUGGGCCCACAUCACAAAAACAGACAAUGGUACUUUUAGUUCAGGUGGGGAGCUGCAUCAGCAUGCGUAGGCUGCAAAGGAACAAGU